AUGGAUUUCUUACCAUUGCCCAAAGAUCCGACUUUCCCGACUCCAGAGACUCCAUUUCUUUCAUCGCAGAACUGGGACUUUGGUCCUUUCCGCGGCUUCCUGGACAGGAAAUAUCAAGACUUGGGCCUCACAAAUGCGCCUCAGCUGCCAACCACCCAUGCACUGCUGACGCUCCCGCUACAGCGCAUCUUUGACGCCGUCCCGGCCGCCAAGCUGCAGUCUUUCGUGCAGACGUGGCUCUUCUUCGGUCUCCUAGCUGAAUUUCUGAGCCUCAACGAGCUCGAGGAUGGAACGCGCCUCGUCAGCCUCGACCAGGCGCGCGAGGAGAUGGCUGAGCUGUAUCGUGAAUUCUCCACGACCGGCGACGACGGGCAGAAGCUCCUCACCGCCGCGCCCAUCCUCGGAAAGGCGGACAUGUUCGUCGAGAGGGUUAAGCUGGCCGGGGAGCUCGCGCCGCGCUUCCACUACCUGCACGCUUGCCUGACCCGAUCCGUGCAGGUCGUCAACAACACCUUCAACCAGCUGGACUACGCGAUCCGCUACUCGGUGGCCGGCCUGGGCGAGCUCUUCAUGACCAACAUCUACGCGAGCAGCCAUUUAGUGACGCCGCGCAUCGUGCUGCCCACGUCGUCGUUCAACUGGUUCAGGGACUACCUCAGGGCCGGCAACGACGUGGAGAAGCACAUGCUGAGCGUGGGCUGGUGCCCGAGCGAGGUCGAGAAGCUGCGAAAUCUCUUCCAGGGCGUCGCUUCGCUGCACUAUGUCACGAGGCUAAGGCCGCGGACCAGGCCGGGCGAUCACGUCCGGUGCGCAAACUACGCCUGCCGGGCCUUUCAGAUUGACAUUGAGCAGUACAAGCCGCGGCACGCAAUGGAGGGUUGUCAGUGCGACGACGUGCACGUAGACGAGGCCGAGCUGGUCCGAGCCCUAAGAGGAACUACCUCGUAUCCCGUGUUGAAGAUAGACAUCGGGCCGGAUGGCGCGGGGCCCGCGAACGUCACGCUGGAGACGUAUAGGCCUGGUGUCAACUACGUCGCCCUAUCCCACGUCUGGGCCGACGGGCUGGGGAAUCCACGCAUCAAUGCGCUGCCCCAUUGCCAGGUGAUGAGAAUCGCCAAGGCCGUCGCGGAGCUCAACCGGACGAUGAAUGAGAGCAAGGACGAUCCAGAAACCGAAUAUCGCGUGUGGGUUGACACAAUCUGCUGUCCGGUUGAGCUCGAGGGAAAGGCCAUUGCUUUGGAGCGGAUCGCAGAUGUCUACAAAAACUCGACGCAUGUCCUCAUUCUCGAUUCAUCUCUGACUUGCAUGGACACCACCACAAGCGACUUGGCCGAGAUGUUGCUGAGGACUUUUAGCUGCUCUGCUUGGAUGCGGCGACUCUGGACUCUUCAAGAGGCCAUCCUUCCAAAGAAUCUCUGCAUUCAGUUCCAAGACAAGGCAGCAUCCGCUGCAGACCUCAUGCGCGACUUGUACAUUGAAGGCAUAAAGGACAUGCGGCGCCUCCGAAUUUGGCACGACCUUCUCAACGAGUUCAAUUACCUUCAAAACUUUGAGCAAGCAAGUCGCGGCCUGGAUGAUUCAUACCACAGGCCGCAGCUCGUCGUGCUGCAGAGAGCUAUUCACUUCCGCACCGUGUCGGUCUCGUCCGAUGAGCCCCUCUGCAUAGCCGUCUUGAUGAACCUGCAAAUUGAAGGGCUGACAUUGAUGACUGACGGACAAGAGCGCAUGGCUCGUGUCUGGGCCGCCUUGGCCGAGACCCUCUGCGGAAUCUCCACGUCGGUCGUCUUUUAUCUCGAAGAGACCUUGUCCCUCAAGGGCUGGCGCUGGGCUCCCAAAAGCCUCCUCGGCAGCCUCGGCGAGGACUCCACGCUCGGGAUGGACGAGCGAUCCCUCCGCUUCUCCGUCCCGCUGCCCGUCACCCCGCAGUCCGUCGGCAUGCCCACCCCUCGGGGAUUCCGCAUGCGGGCCCAGGGCGGUCUCCUCCGGGUCGCCCCCCUCCGCGAGAACUUUUCCGUGCUGCCGUGGAAGGGCGUCACGAAGCGCUCCAUCGAGGCCCACGUGCUCAUCCACCGCGAGGCGACCGACGACUGGUACCGCAUCGCGGACUGGCACCGCAGCCGCAAGCUGGGCACGUGGACGGAGGAGGAGCGCAAGGCGUACGACGAGGCGCACCCGACGCCCAUGUUUGACUGCAUCCGGUCCGACAGCGCGGCGCUCGUCUUCAACAAGUUUGACGUCGACGCCGAGGUCAACGUGGCCAUCCUGGGCAAGGCGCAGGAGUGCGCGGAUGACGGCGACGAGGAGGAGGAGGAGGGGGGGGAGGGUCAGCAGAGGGCGAUGCUGUUUGAGCGGGAGCGCACGGUCAUGUGCUGGCGUCUGGGAGAGCAGGAGGUGGCUCUGCUGAACAAGGUGAUUGUCAUCGCCAAUAGGCUGGCGGACGACCAGGUCACGGCCAACUUGCUGGCGUGCGGCGAGGAGGCCGGCCCGGAACGCGACAAUUGCCUUGCAGAGGUUCGGUCGUGGUUGGAGAAGACAGUUGAUCGGGAGUGGAAGCAAGAUCCGGAAUUUGCACAGCUCGUGGCGAGCGCCGGCAAGAGCACGCUGGCCAAGACCGUCAUCGCAAAGCUACCCAACUUCGUGCGCUUCUCCGUCGACAAGAUCAUCCGCGACAAGUACGGCCUGUACGGCAUCGACUUUGCGCGCGACAAGUACUCCGGGUACCUCGACGAGGCGCAGGCGCAGAUCAAGACGGAGCUGGCCGCGCUGCUCCGCGAGGGCACCCGCGACGCCGUGCUGGACCUGUCCUUCUGGAACAGGGCGUACCGCGACGAGUACAAGGCCAUCAUCGAGAAGGCCGGCGGCCGCUGGGUGCUGGUCUUCCUGGACGCCGGCAAGGAGCUGCUCUGGAGCCGCAUCCAGGGCCGGAGGACCGCGCGGGACAGAAUACCGGUGGAGAGCGGCGCGAGGGAUGGUGAUUCGGCGUAUGAUAUCGAGCCGGAGACGUUUGAGAUGUACUGGAAUGGAUUCGAACCUCCAAAUGGGGAAGAGGAGAUCAGAUACGUGGUGACGUGA